AUGGAGGAGGAGCUGAAGUGCCCCGUGUGCGGCUCCCUGUUUCGGGAGCCCAUCAUCUUGCCCUGUUCCCACAACGUCUGCCUUCCUUGCGCUCGUACCAUUGCCGUGCAGACCCCGGACGGUGAGCCGCACCUGCCCCAGCCGCUCCUGCACUCCCGGGGCUCGGGGCUACCCGCCGGCGCCGCCGCGGCACCCCCUCUGGACCACGACGCGGCGGCUGGCCCGGCCUGCAGCGGCGGAGGCGGGAGCGCAGCUGGCGGCCUGGGCGGCGGUGCGGGCGGUGGCGGGGACCACGCGGACAAGCUGAGCUUGUACAGCGAGACAGACAGCGGUUAUGGUUCCUACACGCCGAGCCUCAAGUCCCCCAACGGGGUUCGCGUGCUGCCCAUGGUGCCCGCGCCGCCAGGCUCCUCGGCCGCCGCGGCCCGGGGUGCCGCCUGCUCUUCGCUGUCCUCGUCCUCUUCAAGCUCCAUCACGUGCCCGCAGUGCCACCGCAGCGCUUCCCUGGACCACCGAGGCCUCCGCGGCUUCCAGCGUAACCGGCUGCUCGAGGCCAUCGUGCAGCGGUACCAGCAGGGCCGCGGGGCCGCGCAGGGGGCGUCCGCAGCCUCUGCAGUGGCCAUCUGCCAGUUGUGCGACCGCACCCCGCCGGAGCCGGCUGCCACGCUAUGCGAGCAGUGCGACGUCCUCUACUGCGCUGCUUGCCAGCUCAAAUGCCAUCCAUCCCGGGGACCCUUCGCUAAGCAUCGCCUGGUGCAGCCGCCGCCGCCACCCGCGCCGGGGGAGGCAGCCUCAGCAUCCCCGGGCGCGGCCCAGGGCGCCCCCAGCGGAGGUGGCGGCUGCAAGAGUCCGGGGGGUGCGGGGGCUGGAGCGGCGGGGGGCAGCGCCGCCCGCAAGUUCCCUACGUGCCCCGAACACGAAAUGGAGAACUACAGCAUGUACUGCGUGAGCUGCAGAACCCCGGUGUGCUAUCUGUGCCUGGAGGAGGGCCGUCAUGGCAAGCACGAGGUGAAGCCGCUGGGAGCCAUGUGGAAACAGCACAAGGCCCAACUGUCACAGGCCUUAAAUGGAGUUUCCGAUAAGGCGAAAGAAGCAAAGGAGUUUCUGGUUCAGCUGAAGAACAUCCUGCAGCAGGUCCAGGAAAACGGACUGGACUACGAAGCCUGCCUGGUUGCUCAGUGUGAUGCGCUGGUCGAUGCUUUAACUCGGCAGAAAGCCAAGCUGCUCACCAAGGUCACCAAAGAGAGAGAGCACAAGCUGAAGAUGGUUUGGGACCAGAUCAAUCACUGCACACUGAAGCUGCGUCAGUCAACCGGGCUGAUGGAGUACUGCCUAGAGGUGAUCAAGGAGAACGACCCCUCUGGCUUCCUACAGAUCUCGGAUGCUCUGAUCAAGCGCGUGCAGGUGUCUCAGGAGCAGUGGGUCAAAGGCGCCCUGGAGCCAAAAGUGUCUGCGGAGUUUGACCUGACCUUGGACAGCGAGCCGCUGCUGCAAGCCAUCCACCAGCUGGACUUCAUCCAGAUGAAAUGUAGGGUGCCGCCCGGCCCCCUGCUGCAGCUGGAGAAGUGUUGCACCCACAACAAUAGUGUCACACUGGCCUGGAGGAUGCCGCCCUUCACCCACAGCCCCGUGGACGGCUACAUCCUGGAGCUGGAUGACGGCGACGGGGGCCAGUUCCGGGAAGUGUAUGUGGGCAAGGAGACCCUGUGCACCAUCGAUGGUCUUCACUUCAACAGUACCUACAAUGCCAGGGUCAAGGCUUUCAACUCCUCCGGCGUCGGGCCUUAUAGUAAAACUGUAGUCCUGCAGACAUCUGACGUGGCCUGGUUCACCUUUGACCCCAACUCUGGGCACCGGGACAUCAUCUUAUCCAAUGACAACCAGACGGCCACCUGCAGCAGCUAUGACGACCGGGUGGUGCUGGGCACAGCCGCGUUCUCCAAGGGCGUGCACUACUGGGAGCUGCACGUGGACCGGUACGACAACCACCCAGACCCCGCCUUCGGGGUGGCCAGGGCCAGCGUGGUCAAGGACAUGAUGCUGGGCAAGGACGACAAGGCCUGGGCCAUGUACGUGGACAACAACCGCAGCUGGUUCAUGCACUGCAACUCCCACACCAACAGGACGGAAGGCGGUGUGUGCAAGGGGGCCACUGUCGGCGUGCUCCUGGACCUGAAUAAGCACACGCUGACCUUCUUCAUCAACGGGCAGCAGCAGGGCCCCACAGCCUUCAGCCAUGUGGAUGGGGUGUUCAUGCCAGCCCUCAGCCUCAACCGCAACGUGCAGGUCACCCUGCACACAGGAUUGGAAGUACCAACAAACCUGGGGCGGCCAAAGCUAUCGGGCAACUAGCCUCCCGGCCCCAGCUGUUCACCGGCGUCUGGGAAAAGCCCCACCAUCCCUCGCUGAGGUCGAAGGACCCGCGAGGGCAGGACGAUCGCCUUGAGGGGUGCAGCCCAGCAGCCGCUCAGUAUCUUAGCGACGUGUUUUCUUUGGAGGGUGAGAAUAGGUCUGCAGGCCACGCUUGUUGAGGCAGCUGGUUAAUAAGCGGCCACUGGUCGGUGGUGAAGCUGCGUGUGUGUUUCUCUCAUUCCUCCUGGACAUUUCGAAUGCUCACAGAGAAGGAACUUUCUCGAGGGAGGGAGAAGGCAUCCGGGGUUUAUGAUUAUGUUUCCUGCCAUCUGUUUUCAAAGCUUGUCUUUUAUGCUGGUGGGGGGGGGCAAGAGGAGGGCCGACUUUGAGACUGGCAUCCUGAGAGCAGAGGCAGGAAGGCACUUCCGGAAUCCCACUCCCCAAGUGUUGAUUGACCCUUUGCUGGGACACCUCUCUGUCCCGAGGCUGCAGGUUCUCAUCUCCUCCAGGAAAGGUUCUCCUUUUUGCUUUUUUAGUCCUGGAGUCUCCACAACAUUAUGCCCUUGCAGACCUAAUCCAAGGUUGAUAGAAAGGGGCAUUAAUCUUGACCUUCACCAUUCCCACUGACCUUCACCAUUCCCACUGAACUAUUGAGAACCUUUAAAAUGGUUUCUUUUGGUCCUUCAUUAAUCA